UCUACCCUUUCCCAAGUGCGGGCGGCGGACCGGACCAGCGGCCGGGCGGCCUGGGGCCCAUGAACAGCGGGGCCCCAGGGACGCUGGCCGUGGGGAGAGUGAAAUUCUUCGGCCGGCACCACGGGGAGGUCAACUCCUCCGCCUUCUCUCCGGAUGGCAGGAGGCUGCUCACAGCCUCUGAGGAUGGCUGUGUGUAUGGCUGGGAGACCCAGAGCGGGCGCCUGCUGUGGAGGCUGAGUGGCCACGCAGGCCCCGUGAAGUUCUGCCGCUUCUCCCCUGAUGGCCGCCUUUUUGCCACCACCUCCUGUGACUGUACCAUCCGUCUGUGGGAUGUAGCAGAAACUAAGUGUCUGCAUGUCCUAAAGGCUUGUUCCCUCUCCAAUCCGGUAUCUGCAGGUCACCAGCGGAGUGUGGAGACAGUCAGCUUCAGCCCUGACUCCAAGCAGCUGGCAUCGGGUGGCUGGGACAAGCGGGUGAAGCUCUGGGAGGUACAGUCCGGCCAGAUGCUGCGCCACUUGGGAGACCACCGAGACUCCAUCCAGAGCAGUGACUUCGCACCCGGCUCAGACUCCCUGGCCACUGGCUCCUGGGACUCCACUAUCUGCAUCUGGGACCUGCGGAUGGGGACCCCAGUGAUCUUCCACCAAGAACUGGAGGGCCACAGUGGCAACAUCAGCUGCCUGUGCUACUCGGCAUCGGGCCUCCUGGCUUCUGGCUCUUGGGAUAAGACCAUCCACAUCUGGAAGCCCUCUACCAGAAGCCUGCUUGUUCAGCUCAAGGGCCAUGUUACCUGGGUGAAGAGCAUAGCUUUCUCCCCUGAUGCGUCACAGCUGGCCAGCGCUGGCUACUCCCAUAUGGUGAAAGUCUGGGACUGCAAUACAGGAAAAUGCAUUGAGACCCUGAAGGGAGUCCUGGAUGUGGCCCAUGCCUGCGCCUUCACCCCAGACGGGAAACUCUUAGUGUCUGGAGCUGCUGACCAGGCAAGACGUGAAGUCCACCGCUCUAUCAAACCUCCCAGAGCCUCUCGGAUAUAA